GGAACCACGAAUCGAGGGAGAUGUUGAAAAAGUUUUCAAAUUUCUGUUAUAAAACAAUCUUUUUGCUUAUUUGUGUGCCUGAUGUUGUUAUUCCUGCUGCGGAUGAAGCGAAAUGUUAUGAGUUGCAUUUUGCCAACAUCUCAUGCUUUGCCAUGAUCCGAGACUAUGUCGAUUGCUUGGUCACAAUCCAGGACAAAAUCUAUAUAAAUGGCGAUGUGACAUUAUACAAGGACUUUGAUAAUGUGUAUCUUAAAAUCGAAGUCGGUACUGUCAGAAAUAAGCUGCACAAAUCAGUUUUCAUCAAGACUUUCGCUUACUGCAAUUUUCAUCCAAAAAAUAAUGCAAUGAUGAAAAUGGUAGUGGUGUCGCUACGAAAUACCACUAACUUCGAUUUCAAUUGCCCCGUGAAGAAAGGAAAGUAUUUUUUACGAAAUUUGAAAAUCUUUUCUCCAGAAUUUCCAUAUAAGUUAUUCUAUAAAGCGAAAAUUGCAUAUUAUGUAUGCAUUAGGACAUACUUCAAACAUCAGGGGAAGCUAAUCCAAUUGACAGAAACCAACACAUCAUUUGCUAUUGAAAGAAGCUGUUAGUAGUGUGGAAUUUUUUUUAAUGAAGUUUACUAAUGGAAAAUUUUCAAAAUUACGUUGUUUUUAGUAAGGAAAUAGUAAUUAAAAUCAUUUGAAAGCUAGCAGUCGCAAGUGGGUAUAAUUGAUACAAAGCGCGGUCAACUCUAGAUUAUAAAUAAACUUCAAUUUCCGUCUAUUUAAUCUGAGUGCUUGAGGCACGUCAGUCUUACACAAGAGUUCUCAUCUGAAACCU